AUGUCGUCCCUCGAAGCCAAAAUUGUCGUCCUCGGCUCCCAGAACGUAGGCAAGACGAGCCUCGUCAUGCGCUAUUGCAAAGGCUCCUUCAACCCGGCCCAGACGACGUCUACCGUCGGCGCGAGCUUCAUGACUAAGCGCGUCGUUGAUACCGAUACCGAUACCAUGGUACGCCUACAGAUCUGGGAUACCGCCGGCCAGGAACGCUUCCGGUCCAUCUCCCGCCUCUACUAUCGCGGCGCCAACGCCUGCAUUCUCUGCUACUCCAUCACCGACGCCCAGUCCUUCACCGAGAUGGGCAUCUGGCUCACCGAGCUACGCCGUAAUCUCCCCGGCGACGUUGUCCUCCACGUCGUAGGUACGAAAGCAGACAUGGUCGCCCGUGACCCCUCCCGCCGUGAGGUUCCCUUUGAGCGCUGCAUAGCGUACGUUGCCGAGAACCUCGCCCCCGGGCAGGCCUCCACGCCGCCACCCACCGCUACCCCCAACGGCAUGCCCUCUCUCCUUUCUUCCUCCGACCCACGCCAGUCAUCGUCCCAGGUAUACCAGAGCACGAGCACAUUCGGCGGGGGUGGCGGGGAGCCGCGGAGCCCGAGCUCUAAGCGGUCGUCGGGCUUCUGGGGCCAGGAGGUCGGCUGGGACGCAUGCCACGAGAUCAGCGCCGAGAGCGGCGAGGGCGUCGAGGAGGUUUUCCGCGUUGUGACGCGGAAGCUGGUUGAGCAGAACCGCAAGAUGCAGCAGGCGCUGCUCAUGGCCAUGGCCACGCCGGGGACGCCUGGCUACGAGGCCGGCAUGGACGGCGGCUACUUUGACGGCAUGAACCCGAGGGGCAGCUUCCGCGUCGGUCGCGACAGGCGGAGCUGGCUGUUCUCGCCAAACUUCUCACCGGCGGUUACGGUCGAGCAGGGCGGAACGGAACAGGAGACCGACGAGGCGGCCGGCAAGGCAAGGAAAAGGUGCUGUUGA